AUGAACUUUUUGGUGGUGUUUUUUCUGGUUCUUCAAAGUGUUGUAGGGGAGUUAAGUUACGUGUGUUUCAAUGCGACGAAUAGUACGAUCAAUCAAUAUUUCAAUUAUGUAGUUAAUGACAAGUGUGGAGAAUUGCCAUUUUCUCUUGAAGUGGAAUACAAUGGGAGUUUAACCCUUGGUGGGGAGUAUUUCAUCAAACGAGGAUUAUCAAAGACGAUCAACAGUGACCGGUUAUCGAUCAUUCAAAUGAGUCGUCAAACGAAUUAUGUCGAUGUGAAUUGUGAUAAUCCGAUUUAUUUUGAAGAAGGACAUGGCUUGAAGUCGAUGUAUUUAUUAGAGUAUGGCGAUCGGUCAUUUUGGUCUUUUAAUAACUCGAACCUUCCACCUGGAUUUUUGUUUCUUUUUGGCGUUCGUGCGAAUGUUUGGGCGCCAACAAAUCUGACUGUUUUGAGUUCAAAUUCCGUGUAUAUGCACUCAAUGGGAUACCAAUUCUUUUAUUAUGUCAAACAGAACAUCGAAGCUUUUGUGUAUUUUAAAGGGUAUAACUCGACAGAGUAUAGUGUCCCCUUUGUUCGAACGGCUCGAGUGAAUAAGACCACACAAGACUGUGUCUAUCAAUUUUCCUUUGAAAAUAUGUUACCGCCAGACGUCGAUGCUGCAGACUAUAAAAUGAUUCCCAUUUGUGAGAGGAAAAAUAUCACUCGAUACGUCCAAUGUUUUUGGUCGAAAGGACUCUUCACAGACUGCUCGUGCCAAUUGAAAGAAACAAGUGGGAAGGUCAAGACUAGUUCGGGGUUCAACUACCCCGACUGUAAAGAACUUGGAAAAUUGUUUGAUUUUGAACUAGGGAGUGAGAACACUUACAUUGUGUUUGAUACAGUAAAUACUACACAUUGGGCAGAUAUGAUAAUUCCACAAAGAAUGACUUCUUUAACUUUUGUGGUGUCUAUAGAGACAGGAAAAGCACUAGAAAUAGACAACGACUUCUCACUCCCAACAUUCCCAUUCACAGUAUAUGGCGGGUUGCAUAUUAAUGGGCAACUCACAAUAGAAACAGCAGCAGAAUAUAUCAUUCAGAAACUGAGCUUUUCAAGUGUAGAAAUAGAUAAAUUGAUUGACGAGCAUACCAUCAUCUUGUCGAGUAUAUUAAGUGAAAAGAAUAUUCAAAUGCUUGAGGAAAACGGCAUUCGGUCGAUAUGUGGAGGAGACGGGUACACCAAAAGAUUUGCAAAGGAAAGUGCAAGUACAAUUGGGAGUGUUGGAUGUAAAUGUGAAAUGCGGGAUGAGACCUCUUUUGUGCAGUUCGAUUGUAAUGAAACAUCACUAGAAGAGCACUCACAACUUGAUUUAGUGAUGUCGCGAAGUGAAUAUAAUGGCGGUGAGUUUGAGAGAUACUGGCACUCACUGACAUUUAGUGGGAAUGGAUAUCGAACAUUAAAAGGAUUGAAACAUGUCAUCGCCAAUUGUGUGUUUUCUGGGACCAGAAAUUAUGUGAUCGACACAGUUCUUAUAUGUGAGAGUGUGACUAUAGAAGACGGAGUGAAUAUCCACGUGAAGAAUCAAAUGUUAGCCAAACACGUGCAUAUCUCUGGUAAUUAUAACAGUCUCACAACUGAAGCCAUCUUUUCUGGUGCAAAUAGUAUCGACUUAAAAAUAGAAAGUCUUCAAAUUGAUCAAAUCACAACAUGUGUGAAUUUUGCAGUAGCACAACAUGAAAAUUUUGUGUUUAAUGGAACACACCAAAUUGGAGAGUAUACAUUAGUGGAAACGGAAAGACUCCAACGAGUGUGUAUCACUGGGACUGAAGACAAACACAUUGAAUGCACAAUUGAUGGUCCUUU